AUGUUCUUAACCAGAAGUGAAUAUGACCGUGGUGUCAGUACAUUUUCACCAGAAGGUAGAUUGUUUCAAGUAGAAUACUCUUUAGAGGCCAUCAAGCUUGGAUCUACUGCAAUUGGUAUUUCUACAUCUGAAGGGGUAAUUUUGGGUGUUGAAAAGAGAGUUACUUCUUCCCUUUUGGAGCAUUCAUCUAUCGAAAAGAUUGUAGAAAUCGACAAGCAUAUUGGAUGUGCCAUGUCAGGAUUGACUGCCGAUGCCAGAUCUAUGAUUGACCACGCUAGAACCUCAUCCUUGACUCAUAACUUGUACUAUGACGAAGAAAUUCAAGUUGAAAGUUUGACUCAAUCAGUUUGUGAUUUAGCUCUUAGAUUCGGUGAAGGUGCUGGUGGAGAAAAGAGAUUAAUGAGUAGACCGUUUGGUGUUGCCCUCUUAAUAGCAGGUGUAGACAAGGAUAAGGGCCCACAAUUGUACCAUGCUGAACCAUCUGGAACUUUCUAUAGAUAUGAAGCUAAGGCUAUUGGAUCUGGAUCGGAAGGUGCUCAAGCUGAAUUACAAAACGAAUACCACAAGUCCUUGACAUUGAAGGAAGCUGAAUUAUUAACCUUGAAGGUCUUGAAGCAAGUGAUGGAAGAAAAGUUGGAUUGUAAGAAUGCUCAAUUGGCUAGUGUGACCACUGAAGGUGGAUUUCAAAUCUAUAGUGAUGAAAAGACUGAUGAAAUUAUUAAGAUCUUGAAUGAGCAACAAACCGAUGAUGCUGAUGCCGCUUAA